CCCAUGCUUUUAUUUCUUCUUCUUUACAUAAGCUUUUAAAAGAAAAAUAACUCUCAUUUCUUUUCCACUUUUAAAUUAUUUUUAUGGGCAUGAGUGAAACCAUGCCAAAUAACCCUACCAAUUGGAUGCAAUUCUAUCAACCUCAAAGAUCUCCACAAACCACUAUGUUCUCCGAUACCACGGUAGUCACCACCACGGCCACUUCCGUAGGCCGUGCUCCGGAUCACCAACGCGGUACUGGUCCAUCUGAUGGGCGUGUUUCCAAGCCCAUCAGACGGCGAUCAAGGGCUUCUCGGCGUACACCAACCACCGUGUUAAAUACGGAUACAACUAAUUUCCGUGCCAUGGUGCAACAGUUCACUGGUGGAUCUGUUGCACCAUCACAGGGGGCCUACAUGGGUUUUGGUCCAAAUAAUCAGCAAAUUGUGAACCCGUAUACUUACAAUAUCCAAUUUCAAGCGCAGCCAGCGCCACAAAAUCAAUUGCCUUACAUGUUCAGUACAUUGGCCAGUUCUACUAUUCGACCACCUGCUUCUGUUCUUGGUCGUGUUGAUAAUUUUCUCCAUAGACUUGAUGACAAUACUUCUUCUCCUUCUAAUGAGAACAAGUCUGAAAAUAACUUCACGUUCUGAUUAGUUAAGAGAAACUGACAAAAGUGAUUCCGUCGCUUUUACUAUAAUAAUAUUCCGAUGAAAGCUGAGAAUUUUUUUACUUGUAAUUUUUCUCAGUACUCAUACCUGUGUACAUAACUUCUCAACAACAACCACCACCUUCCUAGUUGGUUUCUUUUAUAUUUUACAUAGUCUAGUUUCAAUUUUGUUGUAUUAAUGAUAUGUAAUUUUCUUGAUUUCUUUAUUUCUUUCCUUUUGACAAAAUACUGUAAUUUGAGAGUAAUAGAGGUUUCAAAUAUAGACAAUUCAAAGGGAUUUUUUUUCUC